AUGCAAACCAGCUCUCGAAAGAUACCAGGCUAUGCGCUUGCGUCCACGUUUGUGGCGCUCGGUGGUAUACUCAACGGAUUUGAUACAGGAUCAGUGGGUGCAAUCACUGAGAUGCCCUCCUACACUGGAACUUUUGGUCAUUUGUCGCCAACCAUGCGCGGCUUCACCGUCUCGUUGAUCAUGCUUUGCGGCGCCAUCCCAGCAACGAUCGCCGGACAUCUGGCAGAUCGGUUUGGACGCUUACGCAUCAUGAUUGCGGGCGCAGUACUGUGCACCAUCGGCUGCAUACUCGAAUGCGCUGCGUUCCAUCUUUGGCUGUUUCUCGUCGGACGUGCCUUGAUGGGCAUCGGCCAAGGAUUUGCUCUCACCAAUAUUGGGGUGUACAUCUGUGAGAUCGCACCGAGUCGAAGUCGCGGUAGAUUUGUAUCUCUGCAGCAGUUUGGAGCGGCGAUUGGGGUGUGCGUUGGCUAUUUCUCGUGCUACGGGAGCAUUCACAUCAAGGGCGAUAUGUCGUGGCGCUUGCCAUACAUCCUUCAAGCGGCGCUCGCAGUACUUUGGGCGACUGGGUCAUUUUUCUUACCAGAGAGCCCGCGUUGGCUCAUCUUGCAUGGACGAAGAAACCAGGCGAUGGAAGAGCUUAGGAAGUUGGACUUUGGGACAGCUGAAGCGGAAAAAGAUGUGUUACGGCCUGUCGAGUCUGCGGCUGCUGAAGACCAGAUUGGAGUAUUGGCAGGCUUACGCUUGAUAUUCACGAAAGAUCAUCGAUCGCAAACAUGGCUCGCAGUGUUCAUACUUUCGUUCAUUCAGCUCAGUGGCAUUGAUGGGGUGCUCUACUACGCGCCGACGAUUUUUGCCCAAGCAGGAAUACCGUCACAGACAGCAUCAUUCCUCGCAUCUGGCAUCAGCGCUAUCCUCAUGCUCGCCUUUAGUAUUCCUGCCACACUUCUCGCAGAUAAGUGGGGUCGGCGCACGUCUGCCAUUUGCGGUGGAGUGAUACUCUCCGCGACCAUGCUUCUGAUCGGCUCUCUGUACGCUGCGGAUGCUGUACACUCAUAUGGUGCGGCGCGAUGGGUCGUUAUCGUUUCCGUGUUUGUGUUUGCUCUAGGAUACGUCUCGACCUGGGCCAUCGUCGGAAAGAUAUAUGCGUCGGAAAUCCAGCCCACCAAGACCCGUGCGACGACCAAUUCGAUGGCGACGGGUGGUAGUUUUGUGAGUGAAAUGCCUAUGCUGCCCAGCUACAAAAAAAUCCAUAAUCCCCUUGCGCAUCGCUUACUGAUUCGUUCCGAUCAGCUCGCGAAUUGGCUGGUCGCUUUCGCGACCCCAAUCUUCCUGGCCAAGUCGGCGUAUGGUGCGUACUUCCUCUUCGGUGGGGUUGCCCUCUUGACACUAAUGGUGCUUGCAAUCUGCAUGCGCGAGACCCGGGGUUUAUCGCUCGAGGAUAUACAGAUUUCCUUUGCUCGAUCUUCAGCACGAGUGUCACCCAUCUCUCUAGCUUGGACCCGAAGACACGGGUUUGAAGGAUAA